AACCACAAUGUCGCCCGUCAUGGACACUAAAAAUCCCGAAUUUGUCUAUUUAAUGGGCAAAAACUACCAAAAAAUCAAAUUUCCGAAGCACAUUCUCGAAUGUAACAAGAUUUUUCGCACAAUUAUUCGCGAAAUCGAGUUGAAUUUGGAGGAAAAAUGCUCAAUUGUGAUCUUCUUGCCGACUGUCAAGAUCGCUGAACUGCAAGAAUUGGUGAAAUUUGUCGCACAAGAGAGUUCGCAAGCACUAAAAACCGUAAAUCGUGACUUGGAAAGGAUUCUUUUGAAGCUCCAACUGAUCGCUGGAUUGAAAGAUCCCGAAGAAGUCGCAGAAAAUGUCGAAUUACCGAGCGAAGAGUGGCUGAAAAUUGUUGACAGUAAGGAUUUUCAUGCAUUUUUGCCUCAAUUUCCGCCUGAAGGACCUCCAACUUCUACAGAUUUCAUCACGAAUGAGUAUCCGGAGCUGAAAAUUGAGCCAAUUUCGAGUGAUUCUACGAGCAAAGAGGACAACGAGGCAUUAGCGGGUGUUAAAAAACGAGCUUUAGAAUAUUUGGCGCCAAAAAUGCAAGAAAAUCAAAAUUUCAUUGGAAAAUUUUGUAUUUUUUCCUUAAUUGAAGCGAUUUUGCCGGGAUUCGAGUCUCGCACGGAACAAUUGACGCCGACUUUGAUGAAACAUUUCAUCACAUGGAAGGAAUUUGAGUUUUCUGGCGUCGGAUCGAAGCUCGUAGCAGCUAAAAACGAUGCUGCGGUCUUCGCAGUUAAUCGUUUGUUGGAUAUAAACUUGAAAAUUUACACGCCGCUGAGUAAAACGAAGCUCGUUAGUGACCUGAUGCCUAAAAUUCGUCUUGAUAAGGUUUCGUCGCGGUAUUUUGAGGAAGUUUUCGAGAUGUCAGUUCAGCUUCCAAAUGGGCAAAUUGUGCGUCGCAGAGGUCAUUCCUUGCACAAUGCCAAGGCAAAAGUCUUCCUUUUAGCCUCAAAAUUGCUCGCUACAGAACGAAAAUUGUCAGUUGAGCGUUUUAACAAACAGCAACUGAUAGAUUUUUAUCACAAAAACACCGCGGAACCCUCAUCGCCUUUGGGAAAUCUCGAUCCAACGUUGAUAAUCAAAGAAGCCUUGCGUGAUUUUAACCAAAACGACGUCAAAUUCGAUCGAGAUGCGCUCCGGAAGAGCGGUUUGGAACGUAUGAAGCCAUAUCUGACGGAAAAUUUGUUCAAAAAAUUGACUUCUGAACAAAUUCUUGUAAAAUUUUUGCCAGAAGCUGUCGUGACAGCGACGAAAAAGAGCUGUUCGAUCAGUUAUGAGGACCUUAAGUGGUCAUUUGAAGCAGCUUCAAAGAGAGAAGCGACGGAAAAUGCAGUGAAUGCUGUCCUGAAGGAGCUCUUUGGUAUCGAACUUGUGCCGCUUUUCUUUCAGAACCACGAGGAAUUGAAAGAAAAGCUUGCGUCACAAGUUUUGACAGCGAGAAAUGGCAAUAAAUGGACUUCGAGUAUUGCGAUCCAAGGUACAAUUAUCUCCAAAUCGGAUACUAAACUUGAAAAAUCAAAGAAAGCUGUGCUAAACGGUGCCAUUUCACUAAUCGCCAAGAAACAUGAGGACGAUGGAUGUUUCAUGAACAGAAUUGAAUUCGCCAAAUGUUAUGUAAACAAAAAAUCUCCAUUGCUCGAGCGAAUUCAGUUUAUUCUAACCUAUUUCACGCUUGAACAAAUAAAUCAAAAUAUUCGUUUUGAACCAACUGAUUGGUUAUUGAGCUCCUUUGAACGCACUUUACUUGACGAAAUCAACCAAAAUAUACAUGUUUAUGAACUGUCUGAUCGCAAAUUCAAAUCGUAUGUUCGUGUAAACAACAAACUAGUUUCUGCCACAGAUCUGAAGCCUCAUGCUGCGAAAAAAGCAGUUAUUGUUCAAGCUUUCAAGGAAAUUGAAAAGUUUGAGAAUAAACUCAUUGUGGUUUCAAAACCAUUUGAGAUGGAAAAAGUUAAGAAAAUCGUUACAGUAACAAUUGAGAAAAAGUCAAAAACUGCACCAAAAAUAUCAAAUCGUGAUAUUAUUGCUUCUUAUCGCAAAAAGGCUUUAGAACUGCUUUAUAGCGAUCGUUUCAAGAAACAAACGCAACGAGGACCUCAUCAUGCCAUUUCUCCUCUUUGUCUUCUGCAUAACGUUAUAUCACCGAGCAAGGUAAUCGUUUUGCAGGAGACACAACUUGGUCCCUACAAGUUCGAAUCAACAAUAGAGAUCGCUAAUAAAGCAGUUACAGGAAGCGGCGUCUCUAAAAAGGAAGCAAAACAAGAUGCGGGCCGUUUAGCUUUUCUUCAUAUCUUAAAAAUUGACUGGGAUCGUGCCGUUUGUGGAAUCAAACAAGAUUGACUUAUUUCUUCAUUUUUUUCAUAAUAAUAAUAAGAGUAAAUAAUAAAUUUAUAAC